CUAAUUUCCAAUCGUCCUUCACCACUUUCAUUUUAUUCGUCAUCGUAAUAACAAGAGAAUAAAAUAAAAUAAAAUAAGCGAUGUGUGAUAGUACAAAAAGUGGAUGCUUCUUUAUCAGAGGCAGUAAGGAUAAUGGCAGAUCAGUACCAGAUCUCACAGCGAGUCCCGGUCGGGCACCACACCCGGGACCAAAUAACAUUCAAAAUCAGCAAAAUGCACAUAUGCAAAGACAAGGUGGUAUGAAGGAGCCAGUAUUGUUACAGGGUGAUUUUCGAAAAGUAUCUGGCAUAAGCUCCGAAAUUUUUCGACAAAUAGAAGCAGUUGAAAAUGAUCAUGAUCCAAGCACAGCUGCAGCAUUGGAUGCUGUUGAGAGACGUGGGGAGAUGAUUGUGAGAGUAUUGGAACCACGCUGUAUUGGAAGUCGUCAAUCAUAUGAAUCAGCGCAAAAGUUUUUAGCAAAAGCUGACUCCCGUCAUACGGUACAGAUGGUUGAGAUUGUUAAACGCCCUGGACAGACAUUAGGUCUCUACAUUCGAGAAGGAAAUGGCGCAGAUCGCUCCGAUGGCGUCUUUAUAUCACGUAUAGCUUUGGAAUCCGCAGUUUAUAAUAGUGGAUGUCUGCGAGUGAGUGAUGAAAUACUCGCAGUAAAUUUAGUAGAUGUUACAAAAAUGUCAUUAGAUGAUGUUGUAAUAAUCAUGUCUAUUCCACGCCGUUUGGUGCUGGCAAUAAGAACACGAAGAGGUCGUUCAACUUCUCCCCCGCCACUACAACGUUCGGAACAAAAACCGCCAGUUGUUGUUAUAAAGCGUGAUUUACGGGAUGAUCAAGAUAUGAUGUUAGAUGAACCGGAUCAUAUGCCACGUUCUAGAUCAUCACGCGAACGUCGCGAUGGAAGGGAGAUGAGUGAAUCGAGGUCGAGACUAGGACUUGGUCUUACUAAUUAUAGUCCACAAAGUGAACAAAUAGAUUUGUAUUAUAAUUCACGCUCAAGCACUGUUGAUCAGCAUACCCCAAAUUGGGGUUAUAAGCCACCAGCACCACCAUCUGUAAUAACGGAGCAACCAAAAGGUGCUCAUCAAUUUCAACCAUCACACGCUUAUUAUCAAAAUGCAGGAACUCUCGAAAGUCUUGCUGAGAAAGUUCACCAAUUCUAUCCUGGACCGAGUCGACGAAUGUCUGACACAAGAGCAGGAGUAUCUAUGAGUCAAUCGCAUCAAAGAUUUCCACGUUCAGGAUCAGCAGAUAUUCUUCCUCGCGUAGAAUAUUCCGACUUUUCUGCAUCACUUGGACGACAUUCGUUCUUAAGAUCAAGCAUGAAGUCAGGACAAGCACCAUCACCACAAGCACAACUUGCAGGCGGCACAUUAGGACGAUAUGGACCCCGUUAUGAUCAACAAUCAUCAAGAAAUGCAAUUAAAUAUUCGUCGCCUACAUCGUCAGCAACAUUAGGACGACAAAAGCCUCCACUUGAUUACUCGAGUGAUACAGAAGCAACAAUAGGUCGUCAAAAUUAUUACUAUUAUAAUAAUCGACCGAGUGGAACAAUGGGACGAGGAGGUACGGCACCAACAGCACCCCUUACUAGUGGAGCUGACUUUGCAAAAUUCAAUUCACUGCCAAGAAAUCGUAAUGAUGCAUUAGCAAGAAUGAAUUUAAGAUCACGCUUAGUUGAUAGAAUAGGAAGUGAAGACGAUGGAAAUUUAUCGGCUCCAGAAUAUUCACUGCCAACCAUUCGCCGGGAUCGAGAUUUGCGACAGAGAAUAUCCACAAAUCCUUCAAUUUUUACUUCAGAUGAGUACCGAGCGUGGCUGAGACGAGCACCAAGCAGUUCGGCAAUUUGUGAGCAGAUGAGAGCAUCACGUGAUAUUUUGAAUCAGCAGAGAGCCCAUAGAUUUUCAUGCAGCGCUGAGAACAUCCAUGAUGCACUGAAGAAUACGGAAAACAUUUACAGUGGAAGAGCUAGAAUGUUGGGAACAUUAGACAGAAAUAGCAUUGGAUUAGGAGCACGAUCUGGAAUUGGCUCUCUUCCUGUGAGAUCACUUUCAUCGCAGCACAUUGGUGGCCCAUCAUCAGCAAUACGUUCCUCGCCUAAUAUUCGUCGAAUGAGACAAUUACUAGAAUUAAGUACGGGAGCCGGAAAUGUGCAAUCGCCAGGAAGUAUGAGUGGACAUCAAAGUCCAGCACCAACACCAAGCACAACAUUACCGAGAACUCAACGACAAAUUGAUAUAAACCCUGCCGAGUUUACAAAAUAUAAGCUUGAUAAGCCCAUCAUGGAGACACAAGGUACAUCCGGUAUGUUAUGGCUGAAUUUGUUAGCCGGUAGAGGAUUGCGUGCAACCCCUGAAGGCAUACAAACCACAAAUACGCAAGUACGCGAUCUAUACUGUGUGAUAGAAUGCGAUAGAGUUCAUAAAGCACGAACCGUUGUACGGUCUGGUGAUUUACAAUUUGAUUGGGAUGAGUCAUUUGAAUUGGAUUUGGUUAAUAAUAAGCAACUAGAUGUUUUAAUAUACUCAUGGGAUCCACAACAUCGACAUAAAUUGUGUUAUCGUGGAGCGAUUGCAAUAACAUCACUAAUACGACAAGCACCAAUACAUCAGCUUGCAUUAAAAGUUGAACCUAGAGGUACAAUUUACUUAAGAAUGCGCUAUAACGAUCCAUUACAAUUGUAUCGUCGUCGAGGUGUACCAGCACUUAGAGGUGGUGUUUCAACAGCUUUAUUUGGUGUUGAUCUCGAAACAGUUGUCACACGAGAGGCUAAAGGAGCACCAGGAAAUGCACCCGUACCAAUAGUGUUGAGACGAUGUGUUGAGGAAAUUGAACGUCGAGGAUUAGACAUAAUUGGACUUUAUCGACUAUGUGGAUCGGCCACAAAGAAACGAUUACUACGAGAAGCUUUCGAACGAAAUAGUCGAGCUGUUGAACUAAGUCCUGAACAUAUACCAGAUAUAAAUGUUAUAACCGGUGUUAUAAAAGAUUAUCUACGCGAACUUCCAGAACCUUUGUUUACUCGUUGUUUAUUCCAAAUGACUGUUGAUGCGUUAGGUGUAUGCUUACCUGAUGAUCCCGAAGGAAAUGCAAAAUUAAUGUUGAGCAUUCUAGACUGUUUACCACGAGCUAAUAGAGCAACUUUAGUAUUCUUACUUGAUCAUUUGUCGUUGGUUGUAUCGGCGUCAGAGAGAAAUAAAAUGUCAGCUCAGGCAUUAGCUACAGCUCUAGGUCCACCUUUAAUGUUACAUUCAAGUGGUGCACCCACAGAUAUUGACAUAGAUCAUGCACAACCAAUAGCCGUACUAAAGUACUUAUUACAAAUUUGGCCACAGCCAGCAACGGCUGCAAAUAUUUCAGGCAUGCAACGGCACGCCAACGAGCAGCGAACAGGUCAGCGUGGAAGCAAAGUCAAUGCAUUGCAAGUGGCCAAACAACAUCUAGUGGUAGUCAACAAUACAGCCACAUCGCUCGCUCGAACUCAGCUUUCAGUCACAGUCAGCAAUCCUCAGUUUCAAUCAGCAGUGGGUCAGUUAGCUCAAUCGCAUCGAGUCUUACAGCCGGUGGCUCAAACGUCACUGCAGUUGGUAGCCUCGUCGGGCUCAUUGGCAGUGCAAGACCAAUCGCAACCGCUCGCCACACCAUCCCCAAGCUCUAGUUCGGCAUCAUCAGACUCUGGCUCUGGAACUGAAACAAUAAAACGAGGUGCAUCACCUCCCACAAGUAUCACAGAUUCAAACACAAUAUUAAAAGAGUCAAAUAGUAGCAACUCAAUCAAGCAACAAUCUCAAGAACAACACAAAUCAUCAACAAUAAAGCAACAAUUCGAUACAAAAGAUGAGACAACAAAAAGACAUCACAUUACAGAAAGCAGUACAAGUGGACCAACAACACAAUCGUAUGACAUGUCUGCAUACACCAAAAAUUCUAUGCUACCUUCUACUUCAUCAGUAUCAUCAAAUGCUAAUCAUCAGUAUAAGCAUUAUUCUAGCAUAAGUACAACAAAGUCAUCACCAAUUGACAAGUAUACUAAUAGUGUUGGAACCAGUAAUGGUAAAAGUGAAAUUUCUAAGGAAUUGACAUCUAUAAAAAAGAAUGGCGAUCAUGAUGAUAUUACUUUAUAUAAACCAAGUUCGUACUCAACAUCCUCAAUGAUAGCUGGAACUUCAUCAUCAUCAAGUGCUAGUACUGAUGCAAAAAAGGCAGAAUUAUCGUCAUCAGCAGCAGCGAACACAUCAACGACAGUCACGACAAAUGGAAAGCAUAAAAUCACAAAUAAUUUUAAGCUUCCUCCAUUCCCAAUUUAUGUACCACCAACAGAUUUACCAUUGCAUCUAACAUCGUCUACAAGUUCUUUAGCAGGUCUAAGUAGCAAGAAUGAGCCAACAUCGACUGCAUUCUCGGGAACGAGUAAGUAUAGCGAUUCAUUAACAUCAUCUACAACAUCGGCAUCCUAUUCAACGACAUUGGGUCGAUUAUCAAACGUUUCAUCAUCUAGAACAAUAACUAAUAGUGCUAAUACACCAAAUACAAACACAUUACCGUUACAUUUAGGUAGAACUAAUCCAUACUUAUAUCAAUCAGAUUCAAAUAAUUUUAAUAAUGCAACUGCAACAUCAUCAAUAAGUCCAGCGACCACAACAUCAUCAUAUUUAAGUCAAUCAAAUUAUAAUAACAUUUAUAGUACUUUGCCCAAAACAACCGGCUCAUCUUCAUCUACAAGUAAAUUUGAUACUAUGACUAAAGAUAAUAAUGGUUCGUCGGGUGCAGGCCCUUCUUCUUAUUCAUAUAAUUCGUAUAGUACUGAUUAUUAUUCUAAUCUUGCAACGACAAAUAAUAAUAACACAUCAAGUAAUACAUCGACUUAUACAAGUAGUAAUGUAUCUGAAAAUAUUUAUAGGGUACAAUAUUCAGCGACUAAUCCCUUCCUCGAUCCUAUUGAUACUAAUGUAACCACACAGACGGCCUCUGACAAUAUGAGUUCAAUUUUUACCGCAACACGUAAUGGCAAUAGUGGUAGUAGUAGCAUGAGCGUCUCAGAAAUAGCACGAAAAUUUGAAAAACUCGAUAGUGAAGAAGAUUUGAAAUAAUGAUAACUAAUUAAAAUACAUAUAACAUACUAAUUCAUUCAUUCAAUCUCAAAAAUAUAUAAAACAUACCUUUUUCUCCCCGAUCAGUAUCAGUUUUU